AUUGGCAGUGAUUUGUGUUAAUUUGGUUGAAAGCAGAGGGGGUUUGGUGUGGUUGAAUUAUUAGGACACAUAAAUUCAGAGUGUCCCUCCCAUUCUCAAUUUCCCACUUUUUUCUAAACCCAUUUCCUCUUCAUUUCUUCUUCUCUAUCAUUUCUUUGUUCCUCCCAAGAUUCGUCUACUUUCGAUGACGACGUGACCCCUCAAUUUUUCCUCUUCCAAAUAAUUUAUCCGAUCUUCCCUUCGAUCAGCACCCCGCCCACGCGUUAAUUGCUGACGACAAUCUGAGCCACAGAAAAAUGGUUUAAGCCCUGGCCUUUUUUUUUUCUUCUCUGGGAAGUCCAUCCCAACUGCCGGUUUCUAUUGUUGUUCCCUAUUUCUUGUAAGUGUCGGGCUGGAUUUUGCAGAUGGGUGCCCCUAAGCAAAAAUGGACAGCUGAAGAAGAAGCUGCCCUUAAGGCAGGAGUGAUCAAGCAUGGAGCGGGAAAAUGGCGCACAAUACUCACAGAUCCUGAAUUCAGCUCAAUUUUGCAUCAACGCUCAAAUGUGGAUCUCAAGGAUAAGUGGAGAAAUAUAAAUGUUACUGCAAUAUGGGGGUCUAGGCAAAAGGCUAAGCUCGCACUUAAAAAGAAUUCUAUGGCCAUAAAACAUCAUGAUAAUCUUGUGCCUGUAAGCACUGUGCUUCCAAAUGAGGAGAUCGUUGACGCUAAGCCACUUGCGAUUUCAAAUGGAACAAGUCGCUCCAAUGGUCCGAAAGAGCCACUAGCAAGAUUGGACAAACUUAUAUCAGAGGCAAUUAACAACCUAAAGGAGCCAAGGGGUUCUGACCGAGCUGCAAUUGCUAUGUACAUAGAGGAGCAUUACUGGCCCCCGUCAAACCUUAAAAAACUUCUUUCAACAAAAUUAAAGCAUAUGACUGCAAAUGGAAAGUUGAUAAAGGUAAAGCAUAAGUACAGAAUUGCACCAAAUUCUCCCUUACCUGGAAGAAGAAAUACACCAUUGUUGCUCCUUGAGGAUAAGCAGACGGAUUCUUCAAAAACCGAGAAGAGUGAAGUCAAAAUUAUCACUAAAUCCCAGGUUGACUCGGAACUUUCAAAGAUGAAGGUAAUGACUGCAGAGGAGGCAGCUAUAGCUGCUGCACGUGCAGUAGCUGAGGCAGAGGCUGCCAUUGCAGAGGCUGAAAGGGCAGCAAGAGAAGCAGAACAAGCGGAGGCUGAAGCUGAAACAGCACAAGUUUUUGCUGAAGCAGCAAUGAAGGCAUUGGAGUGCAGAACAUUCCCUAAUAGAAGUCCUAUUCAGAAAGUUCUUCUCCAAGAUAACAAAACUUUGCAAUGACAACUGUAGGCAAUGUGUUCUGAGAUGAAGGUGGUGCUGAUGCUGGAUUUCCAUGUGCAAGUGAUUGUAACUAAACUGUAGAUAUAGUUAGCAUUGUAAAUCUGCAGAAUUUGAUUGACUUAUGAGAAAGACCAUCUGGGGAUCUUAUGAUCAGAAGUGUAUGUCGGUAUUUGAUUUUAGAAUCAAAGAGUAAAGGAUUUUGGUGAGAGCAUUGUGAACUACUAUACCCGAAAAUGGUGUUUUCUCGGCAGACUGCCUUUAUAUGAUUCCAAUAGAAAUCAAAUUUGUAAAUUAAGGCCU